AUAAUGACUAAAUAACGAAGCAAUCUCAUCUUAUGGAUACUACUGAUAGGUCGCAGGGCGCAGGAAUACGUAUUUUCUCCAUUUCGCUCGACGUCUAAAUUGUAAGUAAAACAUCAAAGCGCUUGACAAGAUUGACACCACCAGUGGCCAACGAAUCUGUUACAUCAAAAAUGAAGUUCUUCAAAAAAAGUCAAACUAGCAGCGAAGCCAGUAAGGUUAGCAAAGGGCCAAAGGUUGAUACUAGGCCACCUAGUCGGAGGCCCAGCGCGAACCGAAGUAACAAGAUCGUCGAAAGUGACAUAAGCGAAGUGACGUCAACCCAAUCGUUAGAUACAUCAAAGCCGUGGGGACUUAAACUGUCAAAAUUGAAGCCAAAGUGGAAAUUCUUCAAGAAAAGAUCUGAACCUAGUUCAACUGAAGAGACUAUACCGCCUUUGGAAACCGUCACCCCGUUGUCAAAUGUGCAAAAUCGUCCAUCGCAAAGUGCUGCUAGCUCACCGUCGCCACCGAUACCCGUCAAACGUGGAUGCCAAUGGCUAAGCCAUUUCUUCAUGCUGAUCAUUGGAUUCCUUUUGGGGAUUUGUAUGUAUACGGUAUUUGCGCGUUAUGACAUGAUGAACCGGCUGCACCAAAUAUACCUGAUCCAGAAAGACAAACAGCUAUGGCCGCUCUAACAAAAUUUAACGACAUGACGCACUCUGACGUCAAGAAGUUUGUCAGAUACUGAAUAAAUUGACUGUUGUCAGCGUAGAUCCACUCGUUUUCA